AUGAAUGAUUUAAAGAAUAAUCUCAUUAUUCACACACACCCACGAAUCAGAAUCCUCUCCUAUGGACUAACCGAUUUCUACUAUCGAGGUUUUUGCUUACUACAUGGGUAUAGUUCAAGAAUUUCCUCAGCAGAUGUGGUGUAUGGAGUAACGGCACUUCUAGAGUCAUUUGUAGAAUCUGAUGGCUCAUGUGCAUCCAAGCAGUUUGGAGUGGCCUAUGAUGCAUUGUCCUUGAGCAAGUUUGAAAAGUUGGAAACCGGAAUGCAACAUGCUAUCAAGAUACGAAGGGAAAUUCUGAGACAAGGAAGUUCAGCUAUAACCAAGAAGGGAUCAAUAAGCAGUAGGAGUAAAUUCAGAUGGGUGAAGCUUGAAGAUUCCAUGGACACUAAACUAUUGGGUUAUCCCCAGGCAUUGACUAAAGUCGAGCAUUUUCUGAUGGAUGCUUUGCGGGAGAAAGGUGCAAAAAUGAAGCCUUUGAUCUGUGUUUGCUAUACUCAAGAUCGAAGCAAGGUGUUGAUUGUUGGAGUUUGUGGGAAGCCACGCCUCGGGGCAAAUAAAGGAAAUGUAUUUGGGAUUGAUUUUAGAGAUGCAGCUGAGGAGACUAGAGCUGAUUUCUUUCAUGAGCUAUUUGAGUCACCAUGGAUAGUUUUGGACGCACUUGCAAUAAAUUCGUUCAUGAUAAGGCUAACUUAG